AUGAGAACUUAUUUAUUUUUGGCAUUUUUGGGUGCUUUUGAAGUUUGUGAUGCGGCCAAGUUCAUGGAGCAGGUUAGUUUCAAGGAAUUGAGCCUGGCAUUCAAAGCCCCAGAAAUAUUCAGGCUCUGUAGAAAUGAAAUAUAAUUUGGCAAAUUUUUUUGAGUACUGUAAUGUUUUAUUUGAAUUUUUGAACCUAUUAAUUGUGAGUGAAGAUCUUAAUUUCAUCAUUCACGGUAAAAACCCCGUUGCUAAGUCAUGAUUUUUGCUUUUUGAUAGCCACGUCAUAACUAGAAAAUUAUUCGCAAUUCUUACCAUUCAAGAAUUUAUGCAUAACAAAUCACAUUCUAAAAAAAGCGUUGCAAUGUCAUAUUUUUUCCGAUUUUUCUCGAAACGAAAUUCACAUUGUUCCCCUAGUAUCUUCCAAAAAUCUCAAUUUCUCUUUUUCUAUUUUCAGGUUUCGAAACAAGCGAUCCAAGUGCUCCACGGUUCCCAGAGAGAUGGAGAAGUCCGUCAAUGUGUUUGCUCUGAAAUGGUCGAUUGUUAUCACUCAUCAAAACUUCAGGCGUUGGAUUGUUUUGAAGGAUGUUGGCAACAAUUGAUCAAACAGGUUUUUGAUUAGAAAAAGUUCGAAUUUAGUUCAAAUUUACAAAAUACAAAAUUUUUAGUUCAAAUUGACCGACAAUCCAGAUUCACUCAAAGCAUGUUUUGAUGCCAAAAAACCGUUUGUUGAUCAAGUCAUCGAUUGUUUCCAGAAAAAAGUGAAAGCGUAAGAGGAAUCCCUAAAUCUUAGAAAAAAACUUGAGAAAUUAUAUUUCCAGAUGCGCAGAAGAUAGUGCAUCAGCAAAAAAAGUGAAAGAAUAUGACUAUAAUGAUAUGAUUCAUCGAGUUGAGGAUGCUGUAAAUGCUCAAGUGAAAUCAUUUUUGAGUUCGAUUGGAAAUGAUAAUGUGAAACAGGUUGUGAAUGCUGGAACUGCAAUUGCACAAUGUGUAAAGACUUGUUUCUUGGAGAAAAAUAAGAAUGGAUUUUGUUUUAAUCGAAUUGGGUACGUUUGAUUGAUUUUGAAGAACAGGUGAUCUAAGAUUUUAGAGAACGAAAAACCUGAUUUUUAUUAGAGGAAACGCAAGUUCAGAACAAAUUUUAAUAUGAAAGAUUUUUUUUUUGAAUUAUUUGACUUUCUUUUCUGACUUUAUCAUCGGCAUUUUUAUAGUAAGAUGAAGUUUUAUAUAUCGAUUUUCAGUUUUUUUGAAAAUUGAUUGAAUAUUUUUGAUCAUCUGAUUUUUGAAAAGAGUUUUAACUAAAUUUUUAAAAAUAAUUUUAGACUAUAAAACAUGUUUAUUCAUCAGUCUGAAAAAUCCGGAACCGCUUUUUUCAACAAAAAAAAACACUAACAAUAAAAACACCAAUUUCUCAAAAAAAAUUCUCGUUAAAAAUUCAAAUUUACCCGAAUUCUCGCACCUUUUCAUUCCCACUAUCUAUUUACAAAUUUACCUACAAAACAUUUCUUGAUCAGAUAAAAACCAAAGGAAAAGUGAAAAUCAUUUAAUCUUGAUCAACUACAAAUGACCUCAUGUCACCCCCUAUUCAUUUUAUUUUUUGUUGUUUCAGUUGCGAGCCGCUGAUUGAAGAUAAAAGUGCUCGUUUGGCAAUUCGGCAAUGUUCGAGAUCAGUUCAGUGGAAAAAAGAGAUGGAACAAUUUUGUAAAUGUUCAAGUGAAGCCGGAAUCAAGUGAGUUCUAAUAAUUCUGUUUUAUAUUAUAACACAAGAAAAGUUGAAAAAUCAAAAUGGGGCUAAAAAAAUACAUAAAAAGGUAAAACGCACAACAUUUGUUUUUGUUCAAAUUAAAAAUGACUUUCAGCGGUCUGUCAAGUUAUUGUGGAAUGCUCAAUGUGAUUGGAUGA